AAUUUUUUUGACAAUUUUCAUGGUGGCUGUUGCUGACGAAAUCACAGCCCAAAGAAAAGCCUUAUCAUGUCGACAAUUUGUUUAUUUUGGCUCGCCAUGGACCUAUGUCUGCAGUGAGGACCGGCACGGUGAUGGUGCCAAGUCCCGGCAUUCAGGCAAAGCGGCCUCCCGGCCCAGUGGGUGCCGACUGCCGAGUGACAGAAAACAGCGGCAUCAGCAUCACCACACCCCUCAGUGCCAACAGCGAUACUGUGGGACAGAUGGCUGAAGCCAAGGUGGUGGUAAUCGGCGCCGGUGUGAUCGGCGUUGGAGCAGCGCUGGCCAUUCAGCGUGAACUGCCUCGAGCGACCGUUACCAUAGUAACCGCUCAGCUGACCCCAUUCACAACGGGAGAUGGCGCCGCCGGCAUUUGGGGACCUCACUACGUCAGUGGUGACCCGAUAAAGAUCAGGGACUGGAGUCAGGCGACACACGACUUCCUGCAGCGUCUCUGGAUGGAAGGUGAGUGUCCAGGAAUCGGUCUAAUCGCUGGCCACGACCACCCCGAGAAGGCUCCCCACACCACAGUGCCCUUCUAUCACGAGGAUGCACCAGCCUCUGGGGACGCCUCAGCGCCAGAAGAAGGGAAGAUGGGGUUGUCAGGGUCUGAUGCGCGGUUUGAGUCAUCGUCGGAUGACAAGAGGAUGUCAGAAUCUUCACAAUCGGGUAAACUCUCUUCAGAGACACCUGUCUCAGGUAAAGAUAAGAUUCAUCCAGAGCUAAGAUCUACUCCUUACGAAGGGAAACUAAGUCAGCAGGUCACCUUCUACGCGGAACCAUCCAAGUUUCUCCCAUUCCUGCUAGCUGCCUUCAAAUAUCACGGAGGCAACGUCAUCGUUGCCAAUGUGACGUCACUCCAACAGCUGGCAGAGUAUGACGUCAUUAUCAACUGCACCGGGCUAGGAUCUGAGACUCUAUUCGGUGACACCACACUCCAACCCAUCCGAGGACAAUUGGUGCGCGUGAAGGCACCAUACGUCAAAAGCUUCCUCGCUAGAAACGGUUUUUACAUCGUUCCGAACGAAGACGCGGUUGUUUUAGGCGGUACAGCGCAGCUGAAUGACCGACGCACGGAGCCGGACGUUGCAGACACAGCAAGAAUCGUUUCAGGCUGUUCGAAAUUGAUUCCCGCCCUACGUGGGGCCCCGAUUGUGGGUGUAUGGGCUGGGCUGAGGCCGUUCAGGCCCGGAGGGGUCCGCCUGGAGUCGGAGCGACAUCUGGUGGGCGGUAGGUGGCGCUGGGUGGUGCACAACUACGGCCAUGGUGGAUCGGGUGUUACGCUGUUUUGGGGCUGUGCGUUAGAGGUGGCAGCGAAGGUCCGUCAGAUUUUGGAGAACGCCACAGCCAGCAAGUUGUAGACUGUAGAGUGUAGAUAUGGUGACUGAAAAACUGCCUCCGCAAAACAUUGUUAGCCGUUAUAUUGCUCCAGCUAUGCCUCUACAAUAACGGCUGGUGACUGAAAACCGCUUCAGUCAAAAUGUUGUCAGCCCUGAUGAGAUGCAAUGCUGCAGCUACUCCUCUAACCUGCUCGACUAAUGAUCUGCGAUCCUAAUAGGCAAGUUGGCUGUGUGUAGACCUGCGGAAUAACAAAGCUCUUCAUAUCUGGGGCAACCUUCAAGCGCUAACACCUGCUGAGUGCUGAAAAUGAAAUGUAUGACCGUCACAGACAACGAGUGGCACUAGGUAGUUCUCAGAUUGAUAUUUAGGUCUGCUUGACUAUUAGUGGACUGGCAACGCACUGAGCGACAGGGGCUCACCUGUUUUGUAUAUUUUUGAUGGAAUGUGAAGUGUGCCGACGUCGAUAGACGAGCUGUGAAAAGGGAGAUGCAAUUGCUUGGCCAAUAUAAUGUGUAUUAUACCCAAAAA